CUACCGCUGGGCGUAUCGUGGACCAGGGGCACCCGUCAUCAUCUUGCAUGCAAUCUGGCCAUGAAAGACGAGGGCGGGUUUACAGAGUAUGCGGGUACCCUACGAAUAUGUUUGCGGUUCAACUUCAUCCAUCGAAAAGGAAAAAAAAAAAAAACAUUGACACUCAGGAACCUUGCAAGUCGGAUAUUUCCAACCUUGGUUGUGGUGCCAAAUGUGCCUUCAAUCUCGUGCCAUGGGAUGUGAUACGUCAGGUAUCCCUUCCGUCACCCGCGAUCCCCGGGCUUCCCUCCCUCCUGUCAGAAAACGCGCCCAAAAAAGCCCCCCAAGAUCUGUUGUCUAUCUUUGGCCAAGAUGAGGAGGAGGAGGAGGAGGAGGAGGAGGAGGCUAAGAAGGGGGGUCCAUCUAUGAAGGCAUGUUACCUCCUUGACGUGCAUAACGACAUCCUGGACACUGGUAUUCCCUACACAAGGUACGAAUACAGUGGUGGGAUCAUGGCUGACGUCGUUUGCACGGUUGCUCGGUGCCUCGUCGACGAUCAAGCGAGGACCUUGACCUUGUUUCCUCGGCGGGGUGGUUACCGCGCUGUAGGAUCACAACCAAGGCAGUCUGUUGUGAAGCUGUCACUGGUAAGAGUCUGCUCCUCCUGGCGGCCGUUGCGUCUCGAUCCUGGGGGUGGCCGUUUGGCAGGUGGCUCGCGGCAGGCAGAAGACGAUCGAGAUCUCCAGGCUGAAUUCCACUUCCCUGGCACGGGCAGCCGGUCUCGUCAAACUCCUACAGACUACGACGGAGAUGCUCAAGCUGCAAAAGAAUGCAAGGCUUCUCUCGGGCGCAUCGCCAUGUGUGGAGGCUUGCCGGGCCACUCGAUCACUGCUGCCGAACACUGA